AUGUUUUCAACUUGGUACAACCAUAUUCUUGUGUUUUUCAUUUAUUAUUAUUUAUUCAUCCUAGGGAUGGUAACGAUUUCCACGUGCACAACGAGUCCAGAAUCACAACCAUUACCCUCCACCCAACAAAUUCCAUCACCGAAAAAUGUUUUAAUCAUUUCCCUGCCGUAUCCUGGACAUGUCCUUUCCAAAGUCGAGCUCAUGGAUGCUCUCUCCCACAGCAGCAGAUGGGUUGGAAAUAUAACCUUGAUGAGUUUGGAUCUUGCUUUGAACGUUGAUCCACGUUUGAUCAAGUGGUAUUCUUGCCAAAAUGAUUCGGGAUUUCAUUUAGAAAGAAAGCAACAAGAAGAUGAUCGGACAAAGGAUACAACAACAUCAUGUUCGGAUUCAAAGAAAAUUCAUUUGAUAUUUCCAAAAUCAACCAAAUCCAACCACACUGAAGAAUAUCGUCGACCCGAACUGUACGCUCAACUCAUGAGUCAAGCCUCUAAAUUGAAUGUACAACAAGGUCUUGAGAUGGUCUUUGAAAAAGCUAUAUAUCCUAUCGAAAAAUUGUUUAUUGAAAAUUUGGAACUUGUUGAAAUGGAGAGCGAUAAUUAUUUAUUGUUGCAGAUUAGUUCAACAAGAUUGAAUACCUUGAAUAGUUCUCAAAUAUCGAUGAAAAUUAUACCAUUUGGUGAUCGGAAGGGUCGACUUGAACAAUUGACUAAUUGGGAUCUCUCAGAAGCAUCACCAUUGAGAAGGAAUGGAAAAUUUGUGAAACGAUUCGUACGAAUUAGGAAUGAUCCUUCUCAAACAUUAUUCGAACAUUUGAAUGUGGAUAUGGUGUUUUUUGCAAUACAAGGAAUUGUGGCAAAGAGCAAGGUAUCAUGCUCUAAAAUUUAUGGAACUGUACUUCCACAAAGCUUGUUUCAUUAUCCUGCAUUUACUGCUGACAAGUUGGAAUAUUUCACAAAUCCUUGGAAAAGAUUGACACAAAUGCCGUUUUUGGUGUUGAAGGGAAUGCUUUUUGGAAAACGAUUACUUUCACUAAUGGAUGAGUAUUUUUCAUUGGAUGAGCAUGCAUUGAGCGAGAAGGCAUGCGCACGGUUUCAAAUUUAUAGCUUUGGAUUUGAAUUUACAUCAAAAAGCAGUCAACAAUUGAACACGUUUCUAGUUGGACCAUUUAUUCAUGAAAAUCACAUUCAAAAUGAAAUGGAACGAUUGCAACAACUCAAUAUCGACAAGUCACAACACGAGAGUGGUUAUUUCGGAUUGUUGGAGUGGAUCAACUCACAACAUGAUAUUAUGCUUUCCAUUUUGGGGUCAACCACUCUUAUGGAUCGUGUUGAGUUGCACAAAUUCAUGACAUCUGUUAUGAUUUCCAUUGAGAGAAAUCCAAAUAUUUCAAUCCUACUCUCAUUGGGAACAAAUAAUUUACAAACCUUUCAUUCGUUACUAUUGGACCAAGGUAGCAGUGAUGACGUUCAUAGAGAGCUAGCCACUGACAUCUCUUCAUUGUUGACACAUCCUCGAUUUCGGUUAUUGAAAGGAUUUGUACCUCAGAGAGGACUUCUCUCUUUGAACAAGAUCAAAAUUUUCUUAACUCACUGUGGAGCAAAUUCAGUGGCAGAAGCUCUCUAUUUUGGAAAAUUAUUGCUGGGAAUGCCAUUCUCCUUUGAUCAUGUGAGAAUUGCAAAUGCCAUUCAAGAAUUUGGAGUAGGAAUUUCAUUAUAUACCUCCAAAGGUGAAAAUUAUAGUAUUGAAAAAAUGUCACAUGCCAUUAAGGAAUUACUCUAUUUACCAGAGACGAGCGUGAAUUUUGAAUCAGCAUUGAGAAGAGUGAAAACCUUAAUGAAACAUUCGGGAGGAAUGAAAAAAGUGGUGGAUAUUAUUGAAAUGAUGUUAGAAAUGGAUGGAGAUUUAAGUUGGACCAUACCAGAUCGUCAUUUGACGUGGUAUCAGUAUUAUUGGUUGGAUAUUGUAAUCUUUUAUUUGGGACUAGCAUGUAUUGUUGUGAAGAUUAUUAUUUGCACGAGUGUGAAAUUAAGAGAGAAAUUGGUUGUUACUUUUACUCAUUCACCUACCAGUACAAAAGAGAAAACUCAAUAG